CAGUGCUAGUCUGUGCAAGAAACUGAAAAAAUUAUCAACAAGCAAUCUAUCUAAAUUUUUCCAAAAGCAAAGCUAGAGGAAUAUAUAUAUAUAUAUAUUUUUGUUUUAUCACACCUUCUUAUUCUUAAUUUCUUAUAUCUAGAUAUUGUGAAAAGUGGAAAAUGUCGUCGUACAAGCCAAUAGAUUCCAAACGGGAAGAAUUUCGCCGAUAUUUAGAAAGAGCUGGUGUAAUGGAUGCUUUGACAAAGGUUCUAGUAAGCCUUUAUGAAGAACCAGAUAAACCAGAGGAUGCAUUGGAAUAUGUGAGAAAGCAUUUGGGCACAGAUGGUGGAGAUGAUGAAUUAGAGGCUGCCAGAGCUCGCAUUGCAGAGUUAGAAGCAGAGAAUGCACUUCUUAAAGGCGAAGCUGCUCCAACAGAAGGCUGAGAGAGCUAUGCAAAGAUGUAUUAUAAUAAGUUUUUGAUCUCAAUAAUUCUUGAUCUUGAAUUGUUAAUAUUGCAAAUAUUGUUUCAAGUUACCAUGAGUAUGUUAUGUUGAUUGCGUGCAAUGGGCACCUUUUUGUUUCAAAGGAUUUAAUUAAUAAAUAAGUUAAAUUA